AUGCCGCAGGCUGCGAGGUGGGCGGGGACGCCUUCUAUCAAGGGUCGGAAUGAGUCGACUCGCAUGGCGCUGUUGACUUUUAGUUUGGUGGGAUUGCAGUUCACGUGGGGUACUGAGAUGACAUACUGUACGCCGUAUCUUCUACAGCUUGGGUUGACGAAAUCCAAGACUUCGCUGGUGUGGAUUGCUGGGCCGUUGUCUGGACUCAUUAUACAACCGUUGAUUGGUGUGAUUGCUGAUCGGUCACGGUCGAAAUGGGGUCGUCGAAGACCCUUUAUGAUUUUCGGAUCUUUUGUUGUUGCGUUCUGUCUGCUUGUCUUGGGCUGGACGGCGGAGAUUGUUGGGUUGUUUGUUAAGGACCCGGAAAAAGCUAAGAAUGGCACAAUCGCGCUAGCGGUGUUGAGUAUCUAUGCAGUGGAUUUCUCGAUCAAUGUUGUGCAAGCAUGUUGUCGCAGUCUGAUUGUGGAUACGCUACCUAUUCCAUCGCAGCAAGCUGGGUCCGCAUGGGCCGGCAGAAUGUGCGCCAUUGGCCAGCUCUUUGCUUAUGUGGUCGGAUCUAUUGAUACCGUUAGCAUAUUUGGUACUAUCAUUGGAGACACGCAAUUCAAACAGAUGACCGUGAUUGCCGCCUUUUCGCUGGUAAUGGCCGUGGCAAUCACCUCAUACUCGGUGAAGGAGCGGGUUCUCAUCACUGCGAGGGAUGGAAGCGCCGGUGCUAUCCAAGUUCUCUCUCAACUGUUCAAAACUACGUUCGAUCUGCCGCCUCGAAUUCAAGCUAUUUGCUGGGCCCAAUUCUGGGCUUGGAUUGGCUGGUUUCCCUUCCUCUUCUAUAGUACCACUUGGGUCGGUGAGACCUAUUUCCGUUACGAAGUUCCGAAAGACGACAUGGCCAAAGCAACAGACAUGCUUGGCGAGGUUGGUCGCGUGGGAAGUCUGUCCUUGACAGUCUUCUCUUCUAUCACCUUCCUCAGUUCCGUACUCCUACCUUUCUGUAUCCAACCACCAGAUUCUAAGAAAACGCGAUUCACUCCGCGUCCUCCCCCAGGUGUUGCCGCCGUUUUGAAGGCGGUCACCUCUGUCCGUCCAGAUCUCCAAACGGCCUGGUUGAUCUCACAGAUCAUGUUCGCGGCAACGAUGAUCUUCGCGCCGCUCGCCCACUCCCGAGCUUUCGCGACCUUCCUCGUAGCAGUCUGCGGUAUCCCCUGGGCAAUCAGCGGCUGGGCCCCAUUCGCCUUCAUGGGUGUGGAGAUCAACAAGCUGACAACGGGCGGUUAUUCGCCCGUGGUACCAGCUUCGAGGUCUGAUGUCACCAUGAUCACCUCGGCCAGUCUGCGCAACAACGCCGCCGACACCGAGCUGGACGUCCUCCGACUCAACCACCACGACUCUUUCGACAGUGAUACCGACGAAGAAGAUCCUUCCUCCAAUAUCCCGUCAACGGGUGAGCUGGCCGGUAUCUAUCUCGGUGUCCUGAACGUUUACACGACCCUCCCGCAAUUCGUGGGUACAUUCAUCAGCUGGAUCGUCUUCAGCAUCCUUGAACCCGGCGUCGAGCCGUCGGACAAAAACAAGCCCGAGGCGCAAUGGAUGAACCUCGACAAGGAUAGACCUAAUGCUAUUGCAAUCUGCCUUUUCAUCGGUGCAAUUAGUGCCCUUAUCGCGGCCGAAGCUACCCGCCGACUGCGCUAUAUUCUAUGA